AUGAAAGAAGAUGGUACUAUAAUGUGGUGUGCAACAUUGCACAACAAACCCCAACCUCUGAUCAUAUGGUGUUGGGUGAAGGUAUGCGAUCCUCCACUGACCGGAACCUGUGAUUCUGUAGUUGACAUAACCAUACAGGUGAACCAGUGUUCAUCAGAAAAAGAAAUUAACCAUGUCCAUGCCAUUCAUCUCAGGGAACAGCCACUCAAAACUGGAGUUGCUGAGGAGCAUAUGCUGCGCCAGCAUAGUCAGUUUCAACUAGAAUUUGAGAAGAAUUUUUAUGAAUCUCAGCUUAUUGUACUGGAUACAUUGGAAAGAUGUCUAAGUGGACAACCAAAAGAGACAUCCAGGUAUGAUGAAGCUAUGAAUGUAAAAUCAUUAUUGCGGGAGUUAUGCCAGUUUAUUGAUGUUCCAAGUGAGAAUCAUAUGGUAGUUCAACUCAAAAAUCUAGCUUCAAAAGUUCUGUUCUCUUUAAGUUUAAAUAACUUCAAUGCUGUUUUCAGUAGAAUUUCAGCAAGGAUGCAAGAAUUAUCCAAUAGCAAUGAAGAAAAUCCGGACUUCAUUGACAUUGAACUUAUUCAGCAUAUAAAUUGGGAUGUUAAUCGUUUGAUUAAAUUAUUAAAUG